AUGACACCAAGGAAGCGCAAGACCAGCGCCGAUGCCGUCGCGUCGGCUCCGCUCCAAGUGCAUCGCUGCCGCUUUGUGGACUGGAUGCCAGCAGCAAUCCACGUGCUGUGCUUUAAUGCUGCUGGAGAUCAAUUAGCUGUAGCUCGAGCCAAUGGCGACGUUGAGCUCUGGAGCGUGGACCUGAAGUGGCACCUCAAGUUUGUGAUCGCUGGCUCCAAGUCCAGUGAAGUAACAGCUCUUUGUUGGGAGCCUGAGAGUGACCGUCUCUUUGCAUCAUCUCUGGAUGGGACGCUCUGGGAAGUGGAUUUUCACUUGCUGUGCAAGAAAAACCUGACGGACUCAAAUGGGGGUCCCAUUUGGAGCAUGGUCAUGGACGCAGAUUCGAAGCAGCUGGCUGUUGGCUGCGAAGAUGGCCGGAUUCGCCUCUUCUCGUACUCGGACAGCCAUCAGAUCUACUUUUGCAAGAGUUUUCUUACAACCGAGGGACGCGUCGUGUCGUUGACUUGGCAUCCGAAGGCGCAAAAGAUCUUUUCUGGCAGCGAAACCGGCAUUAUUUACUGUUGGAACGCCGUCACAGGUCGCAGUGAGUCGCGGAUUACGCUGGAACAUUUGGGCAAACAGAAGACGGUCGUCUGGUCACUGGUAGUGCUCGAUGACUUGACACUUGUCAGUGGAGACUCCUCGGGCAAUUUAAGUUUCUGGAAUGCGCCCACUGGUACAUUACUGCAAAAGUUCUCGCACUUGACGGCAGACAUUCUGGCAAUUUGUGUCAGUAACGACAACAAUUUACUCUACGCAUCCGGCGUUGACAAUCAGGUCGUUGAGUUCCGACGUGCUGUCGCUGAAAGUGGGAUCAGCUCUUGGUCGUACUCGUACAGCCACCGGGGACACAGUCAUGACGUGCGUGCGCUGGCGCUGUCGUCUGCCCCUAGGUCGAUCUUGGUAUCAGGUGGGAUUGAUACCCAGUUGGUGUGGUAUUUAUGCGUCAAAUUCAGCUCGAUCCGACCGACCAAGAUUGCGUCGAUGCCGUAUCCGCAUUCAAUCUCGCUAGCGACUGAAAAGCGCGUGUUGCUGGUACAGAAGGCGACUUCUUUAGAUCUUUGGCAACUUGCCGUGGAGUCGGCAGCUAGUGGACUGACUGCACAGAAGCACAAGCUGCUUCUGCGACUGAAUGUGAGCGACGUGCUGAACUUGUCAUGCUCAGCCAUGGCCUCGAGCGCCAAAUUUGUGGCUUGCUCGAACUCGAAGGAAAUGAAGCUAUUUGAGCUGGAUGCUGGACAUGGUUUCCAGCCAAAGAAGAUUACUACGUUGCCGUGUCUUGCGACGGAACCAGCGCGCGUGUUGGCUUUUUCGCCCGAUUCGACCCGCCUUGUGAUUGCUUCGUCGUCACAUCAGAUUCGUGUGCUGGACUUGACCAAGAUGCAAAUUUUGAAGACUUUUCAAGCUACAACGUCGAUUAACUCUGCUGGAGACGAAAGCAGUGAUGUGUCGUCUGCGCUCGUCUCGCUGACAAUUUCAUCGGAUGGACAGUGGCUCGCUACAGGUGACGCGUCGAACAACAUUUCUGUGUACAAUUUGGACUCGAUGCAGUUCUAUUGUCAACUGCCUCGUCCGAGCGAGAUUCAUACCAACAUGGGCUUCAACCCGUCCGGUAAGAUUCUGGUGGUCACUCUCGUGUCGAACAGUUUUGUGUGCUACGACGUAGAGACCAAAGGUCUUUCGGAAUGGUACCGUGAGAACUACAAGCAGUUCCCAAAAGGGCUUGUAGACGGUCGCAACAUCAAGGGCAUGACUUUUGACCCGGCAAACCUGGACUUUUUGUACCUGUACUCACAAGCGAGUCUUUACCAGAUCAACAUGGGCAAGCAUUUGAACUCGUCAGCCAAAAUGCCGUCCAGGAAAUGUCGCCGUCGUGCAAUGAGCGUCACCGACUCGGAUGGCAAGAGUGACGCUGCAGAAGGCGAAUUAGUGGAUUUUGAGGACGGUUUUUGCCGUGUCGUCAACCGCUAUCGUCCGCUCUCAUUUGUCGACUUUGUUGCGGAGAAUGAGAUGAUCAUUGUAGAGACGCCAUGGUUGAAGGUGCUGAGUCGCUUGCCUGGUGCCCUCCACCGUCAUAAGUACGGCAAGUAA